AUGAACUUUGGUCACUAUGCUUAUGUAACAAGUACCCAGUUUUGCAAUUGGCAUUUUUCUCCUUCUGAGUUAAUCACUCUUCGUGCAGAUUGUAAUGCGGUUGCUCUUAAACGAUUACAGGCAUUUUCAGAAACAAAUAAUGCGAAAAGUUCACCUGUAGGGCUGGACCCCGAUCAAGAAUUAAAAAUUGUUAAACAUUAUGUAUAUUUGAUGAAAAUAUUGUUUAGUAAAUUUACGAGCCCUCAGUUACCGAAUGAAGUAUACGGUUUUGCUGUCACCUACUUCAAACGCUUUUAUCUUAAUCAUUCAGUUAUGGACUUCUACCCACGUGACAUUAUGUUAACUUGCCUAUAUGUUGCUUGCAAAGCAGCAGAUUUUCCAAUCGGCCUACAAACAUUUAUUUCACACAUACCCAGAAAUCAAGAACGAUACAGUUAUCUUGUACUUAAUUCUGAACUUUUCCUGCUUGAGUCUUUGGGUUAUGAUUUGUGGGUAUUUACACCGUAUCAAGCAUUUACUGGGUUUGUAAUCGAUUUAGUGGCGUAUCAGAGACGUAUUUGUGGUGCACAGGACAGUCGAUCUGAUGCACAACUUGUUCAUGAAUUAUGUAAAGAAGGUAUAGAUCUUAUCAAUCUGUGGUAUCAAACUGAUUUAUGCCUUACGGUUCACCCAAGUCAGUUUGCGUUGGCCGUUUUGGUGGAGCUUGGUCAUACACGUCCUCAGCUAGAUGUAGAAGUAUUUGUCAGAGAUGAAUUGUGCGGUUGUGAUCCAAUUCAAAAACACAAACAACCUUUUGAUUCAGAAGAUGAAGAGGAAGCAGAUGUGAAACCAAAAAAUAGUACAAAAUGGGAUCCGGAAUCUCGUUGGAAAGAACUGUCUGCACGUCUGGAUUUUAUUCGUCAAACAGUAGAUGAAUUUGAAUUUCUUUCAGAUUUAGGGCCGGCCGGUGAAGAAGAGGUGAUUUUAGAUGAAUGUCGUAAUCCCCUCUACAAUGUCGAAUCUAAUGUCUAUGCAGAAGCUAAAUCUAAAGCGGAUAGCCUUAUGGCUAUGCUGGAAUAAUGCUUUCCAUUUUGUGUACUAUAUACUCAUUUAUAGUUUUUAUUUGUUUAUUUUCUUGUCAAAACCUAAUGUUAUUCGCUACUUGUGCGUGGCAAAUAUGCAGUAUAUGAUCCACUUCUGUUUUCUGGAACAUUGCACAUCACAUUGCUACGACAUUUAAAUGAAAAAAGCAUCUUUCAUGAAAAUACCUUUUCCUUGUUCAGUUUAUACUAAUCAGAUUGUUCCUUUUGAGAACAUAUUUCACUUUUGCCGUUAUCCAAAUCUGUUUCUUUCUGAAAGCAGCCGAUGCAUUUUCAAACCAGUCGUAUUUGCUGCAUUUCAAUAAAUUAAAAGCACUUCACAAUUACGAGGUAAAGUGCACGCUGGUCACUAAACAGUUGACAGUCACAUCUUUUUUUACAAAACUAAUUCCGCUAAAAAGAUUAUUAUUUUUUUAUUAUUGUUCCCUUGGGUUCCUAGUGGAACAUAGGGCUUCAACUGCACGUCUCCACUUGCUUCUGUCUUCCUUCUGCUGUACUUUUCACCUGCA